AUGGCACACCCUCCUAUCCUGUCAAAACCCAUGGAAAAGGAACCCCUGUUACUCUACAUGGCUAUAUUUGAGAAUGCCAUCAGCGUCGCCUUAGUCCGCGAGGAGGGUUGUGUCCAGCACCCCGUGUACUAUGUGAGCAAAAGGCUCCUCAGAGCAGAAAGUAGGUACUUGCUCAUGGAGAAUUUGACCUUCUGCCUGAUGGUAGCAUCUCAGAAGUUAAGGCCCUACUUCCAGGCGCAUCCCAUUAAGGUCCUCACGAACCACCCCUUGCGGCAGGUCCUCCAAAAGUCGGAGUCAUCUAGGAGACUUCUGAAUUGGAUUGUCAAACUUAGCCAGUUUGACAUUGCUCACUUCUCGAGGACGGCCAUAAAGGGGCAAGCACUGGAAAAUUUCAUCGCCGAGUGCACAGGAAAUCAUGAGGAAUCUAUGGUGCACAACACCCUAAGAUUUGGGUUCGACGCCUCCAACAAUGAAGUAGAGUAUGAGGCGUUGAUUGUUAGUCUUCGAGUUGCGCUUGAGCUUAAGGCUGAGGGCCUCAAGAUUUUCAGUGUCUCACAGCUGGUAGUUAAUCAGGAUAAGAAAGUACCUCAGAAGCUACUUUACCAGGCGCCUUGCUAUAUUAUCAUGGAUGACAAGUUUUAUAGGCAGGGAUACUCAUUGCCUCUGUUACGGUGUGUGUACAAGCAAGAAGCCAACAUGAUACUUCGAGAAGUGCAUGAGGGCUUUUGCGAGGACAAUGCCAGGGGACAGAGCCUUGCUAAGAAAAUCUUGAGGCAGGGAUACUUCUUGUCCAACAUGAACAGAGACGCAAUGGACUAUGUUAAGAAGUGUGACAAGUGCCAACGUUUCGCCAACAUACCUCGAGCUCCUCCGAAUGAGCUCACUCAGAUGACAAGACCUUCGCCCUUCGCGGUCUGGGGCAUCUACCUUAUCGGGUCACUGCCCAAGAGAAAAUGA